ACACGUCGCCUGUAACCAUAAGCAUAGAUGUCUGGUUAUGAGAAAGCGUGUUUAAUGAUUGUUUCUGAAACAGUGGACUUCAGUCGGCGCGGUUCCUGACUCGGCUAGUCGGCUGAGAUACAAGAAUCUCCCACGAAAAAAACCAGAACAAGAAUUUGUACGAGUAUCCAUUACUCCACCGAACGAGAAGAAACAAGAAUGAUGAAUUCGUGCGAAGUUCUUCCGUCGCCUGCAAAAGUCUCUUCUUUGAAUUGCAUUGACCUUUCCAUCCCUGACAUUAAAACCUCUGCUUCUCUCCUUAAACAGGCCUCCAUAGAGUCUGGAUUUUUCUAUGUGAUAAAUCAUGGAAUCAGCCAGGAGUUCAUGGAUGAAGUCUUUGAGCAAAGCACAAAGUUUUUUGAGUUGCCAUUGCCGGAGAAAAUGAAGCUCCUUAGGAACGAGAAACAUCGAGGCUACACUCCUAUGCUGGACGAACUCUUGGACCCAGAAAAUCAAACUCACGGGGAUUACAAGGAGGGAUAUUAUAUAGGUAUUGAACUACCAGAAGAUCAUCCAGAAGCAGAAAGACAAUUCUAUGGGCCAAACAAAUGGCCAACUGAAGAUAUCUUGCCUGGAUGGAGAGAAGCUAUGGAGAAGUAUCACCAACAGGCACUUAAGGUGGCAAAAGAAAUAGCAAGGAUCAUAGCUCUUGCACUGGACGUGGAUGUUGAUUUUUUCCAGCAGCCGAAAUAUCUUGGCAAUCCUAUAGCCACUCUACGCCUGUUACAUUAUGAAGGUAAAUGUUCUGAUCCCGCAAAGGGAAUUUUUGGAGCUGGUGCACAUAGUGAUUUUGGUUUUAUCACGCUCUUAGCAACUGAUGACAACUACGGCCUUCAGAUCUGCAAGGAUAAAGAAGCUAAUCCUCAGGUUUGGGAGUAUGUAGCGCCAUUGAAAGGUGGAUUCAUAGUAAACAUUGGUGAUAUGCUGGAGCGGUGGAGCAACCUUAAAUUCAGAUCAACAUUGCAUCGCGUACUGGGAAAUGGUCAAGAAAGAUAUUCUAUUGCAUCUUUCUACGAGCCUAGUCAUGAUUGUAUAGUUGAGUGCCUGCCAACUUGCCAAUCAGAUGACAAUCCUCCCAAGUUUUCCUCCAAUAAAAUGUGAAACAUACUUACUUCAACGAUACAUGGAUACACAUGUUGAUCUGAAUAUAUACAAACAGGAGUAAGACACAAGCUCAGAGGUUGGGAGGAUCAUAUACAACUGUCAUCUAGUCCUCAUUGAACUUUUCAGUGCUAUUACAACAACCUGUGGAAAUAUGCAAAAGCUGCCUUUUUAAAUAUAAUUGUCUGUGGUCAAGUCUUUUAAGUAAUGAGUUAUGGUCUAACUCAAGGGUUAUGUUCAAGAAGUUGCUCGCAUGUGAACAUAAUGGUGUUGUAAGUUGUGUUGGAUCAACAUAAUCAUUUUGUUAGGGUGUAUUAUCAUCUGUAAUAAUUUGUUGGUAUUCAUUCUAAUAGAACAUAAACCAAUAAACAUAACGAAAUGCAAAAAAACAAUGAAGAUAAUCAAGAUAUGGAAUUUAUCAGUUUCAUAAACUUGUAAGCCAAGUCAAGUUGUCUUGAUAUUGAAAAAAAUUCUGUGUUUUUUG